AUGACGUCAACUCAAAGUAAGAGGACAAUCGUAUCUACUGCGGAAUGUUAUGAUGCUUGGUCAAAUACAUAUGAUUCUGAUGGAAAUAUUCUACAAUUACUUGAUGAUGCUGCAUUCGAAGAAAUAGCUCAACCUCUUCUUAAUUCGAUUGAUCAACAUAGUACAACACAAAUUUGUUGUGAAUUAGGAUGUGGUACAGGACGUAAUACAACGAAAAUCUUAAGUGCUGGAUGGUCUGUCAUUGCAGUUGACUUUUCUACAUGCAUGAUGAAAAAAGCUCAAGAACGCGUCAAACAAUUAGAAGAACAACAUAUGUCAUCUGUGUCUUGGAUUAUUCAUGAUCUUAAUAAUGAUAAUGAACUAUUAAUUAAUGAUGCAUCCGUUGAUGCUGUUAUCAGUACUCUUGUUAUUGAACAUAUUGCAUCACUCGAACAAUAUUUCAAAACUAUAUAUAGACUAUUAAAAAAAAAUAAUCAUAGUUGGGUUUUUAUCACAGCUAUGCAUCCCAAUAUGUAUCAAGCUGGUUCACAAGCUGGUUUUAUUAUUGAUAAAACAACUGGUGAUAAACUCUGUGGAAUAUCAUUUGAUCACUCUAUUGAACAUAUUAGUGAAACAGCAGUCAAAACUGGUUUAAAAUUAAUUAAAUAUUGUGAGAAAGGAAUAGAAAAUGAAGAACAUGCAACAAAAUUAGGUUCUCGAGCUAUGAAAUGGAUAGGAAUAAAUAUUCAUGCUUCUUUUCUCUUCAAAAUUCAAAAUAAUGACAUAUAA